AGUGGUGAAACUUGAAACGUUUCGUACAAAAAGGGGGAGAGACAGAGAGAGAGAGAGAGAGAGAGAGAGAGGGAGAAUACAUGCCGGAGACGACGCUGACGAUGGAUUACGUUAUGGAGGCUUCGUCUAGUGCGCAUUUCUCCGGUCUGCGCGUCGACGGUCUUCUACGAUCAUCACAAUCUGCUUCAUCCUCUCCUCGUUCUGCUUCUUCGGCUGCUGCUACCUCUACUGAAGCUAAUUUUCCCAAACAGCCUUUUGUCAUCGGAGUUUCUGGGGGGACUGCGUCUGGUAAGACGACAGUGUGCGACAUGAUCAUUCAGCAACUUCAUGAUCAUAGAGUUGUCCUCGUCAAUCAGGAUUCAUUCUACCGUGGUUUGACACCUGAAGAGUCAGAACGUGUGCAUGAGUACAAUUUUGAUCAUCCUGAUGCUUUCGACACUGAACAACUUUUGGAGUGUGUUGGCAUACUAAAAAGUGGGCAUUCUGUCCAGGUUCCAAUUUAUGAUUUUAAGAACCAUCGUCGGUGCUCUGACAGUUUUAGACAGGUAAAUGCAUCUGAUGUCAUUAUUUUGGAAGGAAUUUUGGUUUUCCACGACCCGCGUGUGCGCAACUUAAUGAAUCUGAAGAUUUUUGUUGACACAGAUGCUGAUGUGAGGCUUGCUCGUAGAAUAAGGCGUGACACAGUUGAGAGAGGCAGAGAUGUAAACUCUGUUCUUGAACAGUAUGGAAAGUUUGUCAAGCCUGCUUUUGAUGAUUUUGUUCUGCCAUCAAAGAAAUAUGCUGACGUGAUCAUACCCCGGGGAGGUGAAAAUCAUGUUGCAAUUGACUUAAUUGUGCAACAUAUCCGAACAAAGCUUGGUCAGCAUGACCUAUGCAAAAUAUAUCCCAAUAUGUAUGUCAUUCAGUCAACUUUCCAGAUAAGAGGUAUGCAUACACUGAUUCGAGACAGGGAAAUAUCAAAGCAUGACUUUGUCUUUUACUCUGACCGUCUUAUUCGUCUGGUUGUGGAGCAUGGUCUUGGUCAUUUACCGUUUACUGAGAAGCAAGUAAUCACUCCCACAGGAUCCGUGUACACAGGUGUUGACUUUUGCAAGAAAUUGUGUGGAGUAUCCAUUGUUCGAAGUGGGGAAAGCAUGGAGAAUGCAUUACGUGCAUGUUGUAAAGGAAUCAAAAUUGGAAAGAUAUUGAUCCACCGUGACGGAGACAAUGGUAAACAGGUGAUGUUUUUUCACAGACUCGAUGCUUUGCCUUUCCUGAAGUUGAAUGAAAUUUGCAGUUCUCUUCAUAAAUUUAUUUGUCUCUUGAAGCAGCUUAUAUAUGAGAAGCUUCCCAAAGAUAUUUCAGAACGGCAUGUCUUGCUUCUGGACCCGGUUCUUGCUACAGGUAACUCUGCUAGCCAUGCAAUUGAACUUCUCUUACAGAAGGGGGUCCCGGAAUCUUAUAUAAUUUUCCUCAAUCUGAUCUCAGCCCCUGAGGGAAUCCACUGUGUUUGCAAACGAUAUCCAUCUUUGAAGAUUGUCACCUCAGAAAUUGACGACUCAUUGAAUGAUGAGUUCCGUGUCAUACCUGGAAUGGGAGAGUUUGGCGAUCGCUACUUUGGUACCGAUGAUUGAUGACUGCGUGCAACAUACCGGUGCAAUGCCCUCUAAGAUGGUGCUAAAGUUAUGUGAAGCUUCAGGGGAGCAAUGUUUUUGGAAGUCCAGUAGAGUAUGAACUGAUGAACCAAUUGGAUUGAUGGGAUCACUUCAACUUUUGGUUCCCUAUUACAAUCUGUUAGAUUGUGCAUUUCAAGUCGUAAGUCCUCCAGGUUUUACAAGGAGGUCCAAUUGAUUGGAAUAAUGGUAGAAGGUUCAGUCUGCCGAGCAAAUGCCCGGGUUCGAUUCUUCAGAGCGGCCACUCUGCGUGAAAAAAAUUAAAUGUUAGGUCUCUCUUCAAACUUAAUCCUCACAGGACCUUGCAUAGACGGGACCAGCACUGUGUAAUGACCAUUUAGCAGGUUUUACAAGACUUGAAGUUGAAACGAUGGGAACAUCAAACGUGGGAAGGUCUUGCCAGUCUGGGCUUUGUAUCAAUAAGAAAAAUUCUUUGACAGCUUAAUCCUUGGCCCAUCCCUGAGAGGUGAAGGAGAUCAUUUCUAAGAUCCAGAUCGGCCCAGAUGGUCGAACGGUUGACCCACUACUCGAGCAUGGAAAUGGGUUGACCAACUGGCAUUGAAUGUUUCAUCUCUGAACGGUACAGUGGGUCAAACCCAGCCUCUAUAGCGGUUUAAGAUCGGGCCAGUUUUCAGGAAGUUGGAAAUUAGAGUGGGUUCUUGAGCAAGUUUAACUAUCAUCCUGGUUGCAAUUACGUAUUAUACGACCUAGUCUUCACUAUUAAGAUAGGCAUUAGGCAGUCUUGCAGUCUUGCUUUCAUUUGCAGUUCCUUAAGAGGUGACUUAACUAUUUUUCUAUUAAGGGCACGUUUUUUUGUGGGUAAGAGCACCUGCGCUGUUUUUUCCUAGGAAAAAUUUUACAUAUUUUUUUACUGAUUUUACCUGAUAUAUUUGGAAGUCAAAAAACAGAAAAAAGUACAAAAGUCAAAAGUAUACAAUGAUAUUUUUAUGUGCCUA